AUGGUGGAUAGCUCUGCAGAGUCAACGCCACGUCGAAGGGUCCGCACCGGUUGCUUGACCUGCCGAGGGAGAAGGCGCAAAUGUGAUGAGGGCAAGCCGCAGUGUCAAAACUGCCGCACCAAGAACCUUCACUGUCGAUAUGGGCUCAACAUCACCUUUGUCGGUUCCAGGAAGAAAGGAGGUGACGAAGCAGAGAGAAACAGCAUACACUUAGCUGGCACAUCCCGUAAUGACCUGCAAGCUGAGCAGGCGGUAGCAAGCUCGCUGGAGCUAAGUUCUCGAGACGAGCAUAGACUUGCAGACCAGACCGUCAUUGAGCCUUCUCAAAGCGCGUCUCAAACCCAGACUCUUUCGGCGAACCUUGGUGACGCCGGGAACCUUGUCCUGGAUCACCGUCCUCCAAAAAGCCCGGCUCGGCUGUUUUCUGGCAGAGCUUUCGAGCCGUUCCGUCAAGAUAUUGAUUCUUCCCUCACUUCACCUUCCAGCACCAGAGCUUCUCGAGCAUGGGACAACGAAGCGCGCCGCGAACCUGACUCGGCAGAUGGGCUUAUUCUCCCAUCCCAGCCUAAUGUCCUGGAUAUCUUGAUAUACUACCGAUACAAUACGGCUGUCCAGAUAGACCUUGGUGUCGGGGAAGAGUACUUUGGUGUUCGAGUUUUACAUCGAGCCGCUCACUGUCUGAGAGUCCAAAGAAGCAUUCUUGCCCUUGCAAGUUACCAGCGAGCGUUCAGUGGCUCUUUUCAUCGGCCAGACGAAGAAAUUGCCAGCUUUGAAUAUGCUACAGCGGCAGAGGAGAUCUGUGAAGAGACAGACGAGCAGGAGGACAUCCUAGUUUCUCAGUCUCUUCUGACACUGCGCAGCAUGAUCAUCAACUCGCCUCAUCAGUGGGAGAAUGAUGUUCAAGGUAUUUGCGGAGCCCUUGCUUCCGUCCCCACCGGCGAGUUCGAAGAGCUCUGGCAUCUUGUUGCACGUCUUUGUCUUGCAGCAGGAUUGAUGGCAAAACACACAUCACCCGUGGUGAGCUUGUCCUUCCUGACGCGGAGUACUGUCCCGAUUUUUGCAGGACAACAGAUAUCCAAGAAGCAGCAACUCGGACAGAUUAUGUCCAUUCUCGAACGCACUCUACCUCUGUCCUUCUCCCUGAAUCGGCACCAACUCACGAGAAAUGUACCCGUGGCUGCGGAAUGGCAAUCCUGCUGGAGCAACUCUCAACUGUGGUAUGCGACACGCAGCGAUGACAUGCAACAAAUUCUUGGAGUCGAAAGCCCAAAUGGGUCGCACGACGAUGUUGGCUGGACGGUCCUGGGGUUCCCAACCCUGAUUUUCAGUAACGCUUGUGCCCUGGUGGCGAACAUGGUCUAUCAUUUGACCUCCCUUCUCCUUCUACAGUACAAACCACGGCUGGUUAAAGCUAUGACAGACGGCGGUUCAUCGACGUCUGCGCAGUGGCAUGCGCUCAGGAUCAUUGGAAUGGUUUCCUCAUCCGAUAGCAGCUCUGUGUGGAAUCCGUUGGUGGCCGCUGCUGUCAUCCGUGCCGCGCAGAGUCUCAGCCACCCUUCCCAACUUCGUGCAGUCGCAGACCUGUUACGUGAUGCUGUCAAGUCUAGCGGGAUGAAUCUGCAAGAAGAGAUUCAAAGGCUGGAAAGUGUGGAAUAUGCAUUUUGA